AUGAACCAGCAAACGUCUUCUGUACCAGCUACCUCGUUUACAUCUGCCUCUUCACGUCAGGCGGCUAAGCGUAGUAAGGCCAACAACAGUGCGGUUAGGUCGAAAAGGUUAUGUAUGCAAUUGACGGAUACCAGUGAUUUCACCGAGAUCGAUUCCUCAUUAGAGCGGGAAGCCGUUUGGUUUUACCGGAAGAGCGUGGAAAAUUUCGCGAGCUAUCGAGAUUUUCUACGCGCCGUUAAACCCGAGCUGGUGGCCAGACUCGCUGAAAUCGUAGGUAACCGGCCAAUCAAGUAUAAUCUCAAAUUGGAGACCUCAUACCAUAUACCUCGAUCAGAAGCACCGUCCGAAGACCGUGCCUUUAAGACAUGGGCUAGGGCAUUGCUAUCCGAUACGGAUAUCGGGUGUGCGGUUGAUGAAGAUUUUGAGGUUAUGAUUGCCGAGGAAGACGCAUACUCGGGUAGGGGUAGCGGAUUCACGCUAACGUAUAUCGACAGCCUUAUGCUCAGCGUAUACAAGUAUACGCCCCUCGCCGGCUCAUCAUAUAUUCCUGUCCCACCAGAGAUUAAUCAAAGAAAAGCAAUCAUCAACCCACAGAAUAUAGAUCAGUCUUGUUUCAAGUGGUCCAUUUUGGCAAGACACGUUAGCGGGAGUAAUAAAUAUCGCGUUAAUGAAAAAUAUUUUAACGAGGAACACAGAUGCUUACGUACUGGGAUUACUAUUGUAUUUGGUGACAUUGAUGGUCCAGUUGUAAAUGGAUACUUCACUUUGGCCACAGAAACUUAUGAUGAUGAUGGUAUUCCACACACAUUAGAGCAUUUAAUAUUUCUUGGAUCGGAAGAUUAUCCUUACAAAGGGGUUCUUGAUUUAUUAUCAAAUCGUUGUCUUGCUUCAGGGACUAAUGCCUAUACUGCUGUGGAUCAUACUUGCUAUACAGUUAGCACAGCCGGGAGUGAAGGAUUUCUUUCGUUGCUUCCAAUUUAUCUUGACCAUAUUUUAUAUCCUACUUUAACUGAUUCAGGUUUUAUCACACAAGUUCACCAUAUAACUUCCGAUGGUAAAGAUGCUGGUGUUGUUUAUUGUGAAUUAAAAGAAGUAGAAAAUACUGCAGAAAAUAUUGUACGACAAUCAUUAUUAAAAAAAAUAUAUCCUGGUAAAUGUGGCUACAAAUCAGUACAUGGAGGAAUAAUGAAAAAUUUACGAGAGUCAACUACUAUUGAAAAAAUUCGUAAAUACCAUCAAGCAUAUUACCGGCCUGAAAAUCUGUUACUUCUAGUUACUGGAAAAAUAGAUCAUUUUUCUUUUUUUAAUAGUCUAGAACCAGUUAUUCAAAAGAUUUUAUCAAAAGGAAGCCGUGGAGAAUAUAUAAAACCCUGGCAAAACCCUGUAGAUCCUUUAACGGAAUCUUCAAAUUAUGUAGAACUAUUUCCAUGUGAUAAAGAGACCAAUGGUUAUAUUAAUAUCGGUUGGAGAGGCCCAGUUGGGUCAACUUAUUCAUACAAGUAUAAGGCUUGUGAGAUACUUUUACGUUAUUUAACUACUAUUCAAAUGAAGAUAGAGUUUGUUCAAAUAUCAGACCCAUUAUGUAGCCAAGUGACUUUCAAUAUUAGCAAUAAUUUAAAUCCAUUUAUAAAACUUGUAUUUAAUAAUGUACCAAUUAGAAAAUUAGAUGAAAAACAAAUACCAUUGAAAUUAAAUGAAGUAUUUAAAAAGCUAAUUAACGAUGAAGAUUAUUUUGACCUAGAAGAACUAAAAAAAUGUAUUAAAAAAUUUAAGCUUAUUGACCUAAGAAAUCUAGAAUCUGGAUUUAAUUCUAUUUUACCAUUCCUAAUAAUUUUUGACUUUUUGUAUGGAAAGAAUAAAUCAGACUUAGACGAAAUAUUGAACACAAAAAGAAUUUUUAAUAAACUUCUCAGUGAAGAUAUCUUGUUUUGGAAAAAUAUUUUAAGAGAUUAUUUAUUAAAUGAUCACAAAGUAAUUGUAAGAGGAAUACCAUCUAUAAAAAAACAUAAUGAGCUAGCUAAUGAAGAAAUUCAAAGAGUAUCACAACGCAAAAAAGAUUUAGGAGAUGAUGGUUUAAAAUUAAAAGCUAAUGAGCUACUGAAUGCUAUAAAAGAAUGUGAAAAAAAACCCCCCAGUGAAAUGUUAACGUCAAUUAAAAUCCCUAAUGUUGAUCUCAUACAGUUUUUAACUCAUGAUACUUUUUCAUCAAAUUCAAUAUAUCAACACAAUUUAUUCAAAACUUCCGAAGUUCCAUUGUUUGUUGAAAUUGACAAUGUUAAAAGUAAUUUUGUUAAUAUGAGAGUACUUAUCAACACUAAAGAUUUGGCAUUGAAUCUUAGAAAAUACUUACCCACUUUUCUUGAUUUAAUAAUAAAUAGUCCUUCAAUACGAAGAGAUAAAAUUUAUACGAAUGUAAAUGCAAAAUUAGAUAAAGACAUUAUACAUAAACAAGCAUCUAUUGGGAUUUGUUCAAAAUCGUUUACAUUUGGAUAUUUUUCUUCUGUCAUAUUUAUAUCAGUUUAUGUCAAACUAGACAAAUAUCAUAAAGGCAUCAAGUGGCUUCAUGAUAUUCUUUAUAAUACAGUCAUUACCAAAAAAUGGUUUUCUAUUAUGUUGUCAAAGAAGAUAAAUGAAAUAUCUAGUUAUCGUAGAAAUGGAAGAGAUAUGGUAGAUCAAAUUUUAAUAAAUAUGAUGUACAAAAAAGAUAACAAUCCAUAUGCAUGUAGUGCGUUAAGACAAUAUAAGUUUUUAACUAAGUUGCAAAAUGUAAUUAAAACUGAUAAAGGUUGGAAAUUCAUAUAUGAAAAUUUGAAUAAAUUAAAAUCAUUCCUAGCUAAUCCAGAUAACAUUAAAUUACACAUAACUGGUAAUAUAGAUAAAUUAUGUGAUAUUAUUCCUGAAGCUUCUGCUGCAUUACAAAAAAUUAUUCCAGAUAAUUUAAAGAGAUCAGUACAUCCAUUCCAAACACAGUUUGAUUCUGAAUUUAUGUUACCUUCAAAUCAAUGUGGAAUUCGAGCUUGUAUUGUUGGAAUGGGUUCUGUUGAAUCAAGUUAUUUCAUUCAAGCUACUGAUUGUAUAAAUGAUUAUAACCAUCCAGACAUAGCUGCUAUUCGUGUAUUUUUGGCAUACUUUACUCAAACAGAAGGACCUAUAUGGGAGAAAGUUCAAGGAUCCGGUUUUUCAUAUUUUCAUGAAAUUAUUUUUAAUCCAGACGAAGGAAAAAUUUAUUUAAUUUUUUACAAUUCUAUACAUUUACCAGCUGCUUAUCAAGCUACUAAAUUAAUAAUAGAUGAACAUUUAUCCAAUGGACUAUUAUGGGAUCAAACACUUUUCGAAUCAGCAAAAAGUUGUGUUAUAUUUGAAAUGCUUAACGAGGAGAAUGAAUUUGAUGAAUUAUCUACACAAUCAAUCUUGCUAAGAUUACGAAAUUUAAAACAAACUUAUAACCAGGAUCUUAUAAAAAAAAUAUCAUUAGUAAAACUUGAAGAUCUUCCUGAAAUUGGCAAGAAAUAUGUGAUACCAUUAUUUAAUCCACAAUCUACAAUAACAGCAGUGGUAUGUCCUCCUACAAAUGUUGAAGAAACAGCUAAUGAAUUUGAAAAAAUUGGUAUUAAAAUGAAUAUGUACAAGUCUUUAGAUGAAAUUUUUCUAAAUAACUAACAGCAUACUUGGGUUGAAUGUUUUAUUUAAUCAUCUUAUAUAAUCUAAAAAUUUGUUUAUAUUCUAUUUAUUUAAUAAAAUUUAUUACUAAGACAAUCAAAGUAAAUGUGUAAAAAAUUAAAAAUAAUGACCUUUUGUACUGUAAAAUUAUUUGUUUGUAAAGUACUUCUAAACAUGUUAUAAAAUACAUAAU